CUAGCCCCGACUCGGGGCAGGGUGGCGAGCGCAUGCACGAUGCAUGCGAUUCGAAUGGAUUCAUAUGUAGCGCUAUUGCAAGCUACGAGAUUAAGAUCAGCGAAAUUAGCACUGUUCGGGUAUACUUCCACAGAAUGCAACUGAAACGAGCAUGUCUUCUACCUUUAUUGCUAUUAAAGUGGUUUGCUGUGUGUCAGUUACAGUCUUGGUUUGCUUCAAUUCAUCGGACUUAUUGUAAAUUCGAUACAGUGUCAGGUUGAUAUUGGAAAAGCUACGUAUUAUGAACAAAAGACCGCCAACAUUUUUUGGUGAACUUGAAAGUAUGGACGGUGACGACGAGCGCUCGGAUCGAAGCGCAAGCCCGCGAACUAUUGGACAGGAAACCGUUGUCCCGCAUUCUGAAAGGAGAACUCGAGUGAGUACGAACCUUGCCCGGGCCCCGAGAACAAGGCGGAAAGUGACAAUGGCGGUCGAAAGUGUCCAGCAUAUUCCGCAGUCACGGACGCACCAUGGUCAGCAAGUGCUUAGAAAUAUGCAAGAUGCUAAUGAUCAGGAUGGCAAUGGGAAUGAUAAAUCUAGGAAAAGAAGACGUCCGCGAAGGAAAAACCGUAAAUGGAAGCCAUACACCCAGCUCAGUUGGGAAGAACGCCAGCAGCGCGACGAAGAGGAGUCCCGGCGGGCAUCUCUCAAGCGAGCCAACCGUCCUACCCCGUACAACACCACUCAGUUUCUCAUGGAGGACCAUAAAGUUGUUACCCCAGACCUUAGCAAUAUGGGAGCAUUUGACGAGAACCAUGAUGUGAAUCUUUCAUCCUCGGAUGAGGUGCUAGAGAAUGAGAAUGAAGAAUAUCUUGUUCGAAACUUCACAGCUGUUUAUGACGAAGUCCAAUCGGAAAGGUUGCAGCAAAUGUCAAAGGAACAAUUGGUGAAUGAAGUUUUGGAGCUGUCAAAGAAAGUUUCAGAGUUAGAGCAGAUUUUGCGGCCAGGCAGUGGAGGAGGAGGAGAAGGCAAGCUGUCAAGUGAAGAGAGUGAAGGACAUUUGGAUGACGCCACACGUUCCAGACUACAAAGUGUUAAUGAACUAGAAGAAAAAGUCGAGAAACUGAAGGAGGAAAAUAAGCGAUUAAGAACAGCAAGCUAUACUGAUAAGGAAUGAUAGUGAUACCUGUGUUCUGUUUUCUGUUCAUUUACAUUGUGUAUUAUGUUUGUUUUGAUUCUGUCAUUGAAACCAAAAUGAAAAAACAAGAUCUCACAUGCCGAAACAAUGAAAAAAGACCUAAGUCUCGUAUAAUACUAGACAGUAGACAAAACUCUACCUGUUAUAACACCAUCUUUUCAUUUCCUCUAAAUUUGAACAAAAAUGGGCAGUGCCAGUUUUACUACUAAUAAUAGGUAUCCAUUGCCAAAUUUACUUGUAGUUCUUCAACUAUAGAUUGAAUUUAGUAAGUGACAAAGUUGGCCAAAAUAAAUCAUAAUAAAGGCUUUUCCCUUGAAUAUUGUUGCUAUUCAGAAAUUAUUGAAAAGAAAUUGAUAAACUACUAAAAACACUUUGCAGACAAAAAAACUUGUUUUUAGUGACAUUAUUAAUUUUUAGAAUGUGUAAAGAAAUGUUUAAAUUUAUCAAUAGUAGCGCACAGACCCUUGUAUUUGAUAGUACUAAAUUUAUCUUAAAACUUUUAUUUUGCUGAAUUGAAUGAUUUUUAUCCCAUUUUUCAAGACAUUCACAUUAUAUUCUUAAUACAUGACAACCCAUGAUAUCAUAGUUUACAUACAUGUAUUUAAGUACAUUUAGACAAAUUCUUAAAUACACAUGAAUUAUGUUUGUUGGAUAAUCAUGUACUGGUAGCUUCUCAUUGGAAUAGUCUCUCACUAUUGUCUUGGCACUGUUACAUGCCUGCAAAUUGUUUUCUAUCCCUUUGGUCAAGUACUGAUUGAUCAGUUGCACAAUGUAUUGAUAUAUUGUUAACUUUGUAAACUGUUCCACAAUAAUGUUUCCUUUGUAAUGUACAAUUUUGUAAACCUCUAAUUCAAUACUCCUUGAACCAAACUUAAUUGCUGCCAAAACUUGUGUUUAAGAAGGAGAUCAAUUGAGAUUAAAAUAAAAUCAAUUUUCAUGACAGUAUUUCA